AAUUGAUAAACAUAUAUUACAAUGUUUAUGUAUGUAAACAUAUGAUAUGAUCCAAGGUCAUUCUUUGUUCAAAUUCAAAUAUAUAAAAUCAUAAGAAAUAGAAAAUAAAUCUCUUAAUGUAUGGCCGAUAACGUAAUCCUCUUCUUGAUCGCUUGAUGCAGUCUACGUCAUUUCAAAUCGGUGCAGUGGAUUAAAUAAAUGUGCAUUGAAUUCUUGCAGUUUUUUUAUUAAUGAAUAAUCUUCAGAUACGAUACGAAAAAUGGCUGCAUAUAUUAUAACACUUCUACCAGGAGAAAUAAUUGAAUAUAUUUUAGAAGAUCCGAAUAUUACGUUUCUAGAUAUUGUCAGAUUCUCGAUAACAUGCAAACAUUUCUAUCAAAUUGUCAAAGAUAACAAUAAAUUGUGGAGAGUUAAAUAUUUUCAAAGAUGGCCCCUUUUGAAGGAACAUUAUAAAGAAAAUAGUGUCGAUUUAAAAGUAUUUAACUGGUUAAAUGAAAUACAAAUUAGUAUUACAAUAAGACGUAGUUUAAUGCAACAUUUGUCUCUAAUGUCCACCAAACAUUACAAAAGAGAAGAAUUGUCUCAUUCUGAAUUAAGAUAUUUUGAUCCUCUUUUCCGUCCAGAACAAGGCGCCCAUCAAUUAAGUUAUCAUUUUCUUGUUGAUGAACUCAUCAGUCUUAUCAAUCGUCCUAUUGUAGAUAGUAAUUUAACACAUAGAUAUUAUGCCUUCAUAGUACUUCGAUAUUUAAGGCAAAAUUAUUUAACGGAAGAAUGGCAAAGAUUUAUUCAUUUUCCACCAGAUGAACAAAUUUUAGAAAAAGGUGCAACUAUAGUAGCACAAUGGAGCCAACCAGAACGACAUAUUUCUUAUUCCUAUAUUUCGUCGUUACUCGAUGAUAUAGCUAAUCAAGCGAAAAAUUUGUUAUAUGAAAAAUAUCCUAAGCAUUCUAUAUUUUCAUUAUCUGCAGAACAAUUAUUAAUUUGGAAAAAUAGAAAUAUCAAUGAUAAUCAAUGGAGUACUUCAGAAACAAGGCAGAUUAUGGAAGCUCUGUGCGAAGUACUUUUCCAAAAUUUAGGUUUCUAUGGUAGUAGCGAAAUGUAUUAUUCUUCAGAAAAUUCAUUUAUCGACAGGGUUUUGGAAGGUAAACAUGGAAUUCCAAUGAUUUUAGCAAUCAUAUUUGAAAGUAUUGCAAGACGUCUUGGAGUACGAUGCGAGCCUGUUAGUUUUCCAUCACAUUUCUUAUUACGAUGGAAAGAAAAAUAUAAUGUUACAGAACCAGAAAGUAUAGAAAGCUUUUAUAUUGAUGUCCUUAAUGGUGGUCAAUUUUUAACUAAAGAGAAUUGCCCUAAAAUUGGUGGGAUUUCUAAAUGUCCGAUAGCAAAGUAUAAUUUACAUAAUCCUGCAACUGCUGUAGAGGUUGUAAAAAGAAUGGCAUAUAAUCUAGAUAUAGCAGCAAGACAACACAUCCAUUUAAAUGGUAGAGCAUCACGCAUACGUUCUGCUUUAGAAUUGAAUUACAUGAUGCAACCUUACGACAAAACUACUAUUUUAAACUUGGGUCGUUUUUAUAUGAUUCAUCAUAUGGAUAUAUCAGAAUUAAUGUUGCAAAAUAUGCAAAAGGAUUUAGAAACGAGAGAACAAGCAAAUUUAAUUCAACCAAUGUUACAAAUGAUUCGGAAUCCUUGUAAACCAGAAGAAGAGACAGAACCGAAAUGGAGGAUUCCAAAUGUAAAAUAUGCCGUUGGUUUAAUAAUGACCCAUAAAACGGAUGGUAAUUUAUGCGUAAUAACAGGAUGGAAUAAGCCUUAUGAUCCUGAUGAUUCGCGUAAUCAAUUGCAAGAAUGUACAAAUUUGGAACAACCAUAUUAUAAUGCUUUAGUUGAUGAUGGAUCAUCUAGUUACAUACCUCAAGAUUUGUUAUCAUUUCCUUCAAAGCCAAGAUUGAUAAAUCAUUAUAAGAUUGGACGUUACUUUAGUUAUUUUAAAGGAACGCAUUAUGUACCAAACGAAGAGACCUCAACAAAAUAUCCAGAAGACGAAGAAGCACUUAACAAUAUAUUACAAUAUUAUCUCAAUUAAUUUGUUAAAGUAAAUUAAAAUAUGCUGUGACUAUAUGUGGUAUUAUCAA